CUAUCUAUAUAGCCAUAUCAUAAAACCUGCAUCUCUCCACCUGUUUUGUGUGGUUUAGAUUACCAUUUUCUCAAACUAUCCAUUAACAGCCUCCUUCUUUCUUUCCAAACCCUCCUAAUUUAUAGCACCAGCACACUGUGAACCUGCAAAAAUCAAACACUCACCGAUUCUUGCACUCAUUUCGCAGUGUAACUGAGUUUCUAGCUCCAAAACUCGGUAUUUUAAUUCAUAUUCUGCAACUUUGACCAUGCAUCUCAUCAGAACACGACGUUUACUCUCUCUACCGGAGCAAGAACACAGGCUGUUUUGACGGGAAAAAGUUUCCCGGCGGUGAAGAAGUACUCAGAACUAAGCCAAGGCUUGAUUUGUUCACGUCAAUUAAAAAAAAAUGGUUUCUCCACCAUGGAUAGCUUCUCUGUCUUGCUCAACCUCAGUGAUUCAAUCUAAUGCAGACACGUCAUUUCCUUUGAUAUUCCAUUGGCUAGGAUUCAUUUUCCUCUCCCCCUGUCCACAAAGAGUUUUACUAUCCUCCAUUGAUCUACUGUUCUUACUCGUCCUCUUAGUCUUCGCGCUUCAAAAGGUCAUUUCGAGGUUCAGUUCGAGCGGUCAUGGUCACUCCAGUUCCGAUAUUAACAAGCCUCUUAUUGGAAACAGCAAUAGAGUUUUCGUCAGGACAAAUAUCUGGUUCAAACUCUGUCUGAUUGUAACAGUUCUGUCAGCAUUUGGUUACACUGCUUUAUGUAUUGUGUCGUUCAGAUGGAAGCUAGCUGACGGGGUGUUUUGGCUAGUUCAAGCUGUAACUCAUGCAGUGAUUGCAAUCUUGAUUGUUCAUGAGAAGAGGUUCCAAGCUGAGACCCACCCGCUUUCUCUUCGGGUUUUCUGGGUAGCUUAUUUUACUAUCAUCACUUUAUUUAGUUCGUCUGCCAUAAUUCGAUUAGUGGCUCAAGAGAAAAUUCUGAUAGCAGAUGAUUUAGUUUCUUUAGGUUCAUUUCCUUUAUCGGUUCUUCUUCUUUUCGUUGCGAUCAGAGGAUCAACGGGGAUUGUUAUUACAGGAGCUCCAGAAUCCGAACCGGAAGUAAAUGAAGGAACUAAAUUUGAUUCGUUGGUUAAAGACAACGUUAGUGGAUUUGCUUCAGCUUCUAAUAUAUCGAAAGCCUUCUGGCUUUGGAUGAAUCCAUUGCUGACUAAAGGCUAUAAAUCUCCUCUCAAAAUGGAUGAAAUUCCAACUCUGUCACCACAGCAUAGAGCUGAAAAAAUGUCUCAACUCUUUGCUUCAAAAUGGCCUAAACCAAAUGAAAAUUGUAAGCACCCUGUUCGGACAACUUUGCUCCGAUGCUUCCGUAGAGAAAUCGCCUUCACAGCCUUUCUCGCAAUCCUGAAGCUUUGUGUGAUGUAUGUCGGGCCCGUUCUCAUUCAGAGUUUUGUCGAUUUCACAGCUGGAAAAAGAACCUCACCUUAUGAAGGAUACUACCUUGUCCUUAUUCUUCUUGCUGCAAAAUUUGUUGAGGUUUUGUCAGUUCAUCAAUUUAACUUCAAUUCUCAGAAACUUGGAAUGCUCAUUCGGUCUACUCUCAUCACCUCUUUAUACAGAAAAGGCUUGAGAUUAUCCGGUUCUGCUCGUCAAUCUCACGGAGUUGGACAGAUUGUAAAUUAUAUGGCUGUUGAUGCUCAGCAACUAUCGGACAUGAUGUUACAGCUACAUGCUAUAUGGCUGAUGCCAUUUCAGGUUAUGGUUGCUUUAGCUCUCUUAUACAGAGCACUUGGUCUCGCGGCCGUUGCAGCUUUACUCGGAAUUGCCGGUGUUAUGGUGUUCUCCGUCUAUGGAACGAAACGAAACAACAAGUUUCAAUUCAAUGUGAUGUCGAAUCGAGAUUCACGAAUGAAAGCAACAAAUGAGAUGCUUAAUUACAUGCGCGUGAUCAAAUUCCAAGCAUGGGAGGAGCAUUUCAAUAAGAAAAUCCAAAAUUUCCGUGAAUCGGAAUUUGAUUGGCUUUCGAAGUUCAUGUACUCAGUUUCGGGGAACAUUAUCGUAAUGUGGAGCACUCCGUUACUCAUAUCAGCAAUCACCUUUGCAGUUGCAUUAUGGUUGGGUGUGCCACUUGAUGCUGGGACAGUAUUCACAACAACAUCCAUUUUCAGAAUCUUGCAGGAUCCUAUCAGGACUUUCCCGCAAUCCAUGAUAUCGCUUUCUCAGGCAAUGAUAUCUCUCGACAGGUUGGAUCGUUACAUGUUGAGUAAGGAAUUGAAAGAGCAGGCAGUGGAAAGAGUGGAGGGGUGUGACGGUAGAAUCGCGGUGGAGGUUAAGGAUGGGUCAUUUAGUUGGGAUGAUGAAAGUGAAGAGGAGGUUUUGAAGAAUAUAAAUUUUGAAAUCAAGAAAGGCGAACUUACCGCUAUUGUUGGAACUGUGGGAUCAGGGAAAUCUUCUCUUCUAGCAUCAGUUCUUGGUGAAAUGCACAAAAUAUCAGGAAAGGUCAGGGUUUGUGGAACCACCGCCUAUGUAGCUCAAACAUCAUGGAUUCAGAAUGGAACUAUUCAAGAAAACAUUCUAUUUAGUUUACCAAUGGACAGAGAAAAGUACGACGAAGUUAUCAGGGUUUGUAGCUUGGAGAAAGACUUGGAAAUGAUGGAAUAUGGAGAUCAAACUGAGAUCGGAGAGCGUGGCAUCAACCUCAGCGGUGGCCAGAAGCAGCGGAUACAACUUGCCAGGGCUGUUUAUCAGGAUUCUGAUAUCUAUCUUCUCGAUGAUGUUUUUAGUGCUGUUGAUGCGCAUACCGGUUCUGAUAUAUUUAAGGAAUGCGUACGUGGAGCGCUGAAGGGAAAAACUAUCUUACUUGUAACUCACCAAGUUGAUUUCUUGCAUAACAUUGAUCUUAUCAUGGUAAUGCGAGAUGGAAGAAUAGUGCAGUCAGGAAAGUACGAUGAUCUAUUGGAUUCUGGUCUAGAUUUCGGAGCACUAGUGGCUGCCCAUGAUACUUCUAUGGAACUUGUGGAGUCUGGUGGUGCUGCAGUGCCUGAGGAAAAUUCUCCGAGGCCACCAAAAUCUCCAAAAUCCCCGUCUAAUGCAGUGGAAGCCAAUGGUGAAAACAAACAUCUAGAUCAACCAAGGUCGACAAAAGGAACUUCCAAGCUCAUCGAAGAAGAGGAAAGGGAAACUGGCAAAGUGGGGUUGCAUGUGUAUAAGCAAUACCUCACGGUAGCUUUCGGAUGGUGGGGAGUUGUAGUAGCAUUUUUAUUGUCCGUACUCUGGCAAGUUUCUUUAAUGGCUAGUGAUUACUGGUUGGCAUAUGAAACUUCAGAAGACGGAGCUUCCAAUUUUGACCCUUCUUUAUUUAUUUCAAUCUAUGGAGCUAUUGCAGUUGCCUCGCUUGUUCUGUUAACAGUUAGAUCUUUUUUCAACACAAUCAUGGGGCUUAAGACGGCCCAAAUUUUCUUCGUCGGUAUUCUUCGUAGUAUCUUGCAUGCACCUAUGUCUUUCUUUGAUACCACACCUUCAGGAAGAAUAUUAAGUCGGGCAUCAUCUGACCAAGCCAAUGUUGAUCUUUUUAUUCCCUUUGUCUUGAGCAUGACAGUUUCCAUGUACAUCACAUUGCUAAGCAUCAUCAUUAUCACUUGUCAAUAUGCUUGGCCAACCGUGUUCUUAUUAAUUCCUCUUGGUUGGUUGAACAUCUGGUACAGGGGAUACUUUCUUGCAACAUCUCGAGAAUUAACUCGUCUUGACUCGAUUACAAAAGCUCCAAUUAUCCAUCACUUCUCGGAAAGCAUAUCAGGCGUCAUGACAAUCCGGUCUUUCAAAAAGCAGGAGAGGUUCUCUCAGGAAAAUGUUAACCGAGUUAACGGAAGCUUACGUAUGGAUUUUCACAAUAACGGAUCAAACGAGUGGCUAGGUUUCCGUUUGGAGCUCGUUGGGAGUUUGAUCCUGUGCAUCUCUGCUAUGUUCUUGAUUCUGUUACCUAGCAGUGUCAUUAGGCCAGAAAAUGUUGGUUUAUCACUUUCUUAUGGAUUAUCCCUCAAUGGUGUGCUGUUUUGGGCGAUAUAUAUGAGUUGCUUUGUGGAAAAUAGAAUGGUAUCGGUCGAGAGAAUUAAACAGUUUACUAAAAUUCCAUCGGAAGCAGCAUGGGAGAAUAAAGACAGGGUCCCUCCAACAAGCUGGCCAACUCAUGGCAAUGUUGAACUCAGAGAUUUACAGGUGAAAUAUCGUCCCAAUACUCCUCUGGUUCUCAAAGGUAUAACUCUCAGCAUUCACGGUGGAGAGAAGAUUGGAGUUGUUGGAAGAACAGGAAGUGGAAAAUCCACUUUAAUCCAGGUUUUAUUUAGGCUGGUAGAACCAACAGGUGGAAAGAUAAUCAUUGAUGGCAUAGAUAUUUCCAUGUUGGGACUUCACGAUCUUAGAUCUCGUUUUGGUAUAAUUCCACAAGAGCCGGUCCUUUUCGAAGGGACAGUACGAAGCAACAUUGAUCCUAUCGGAGAGUAUUCCGAUGAGCAGAUUUGGAAGAGUCUCGAACGUUGCCAGCUGAAGGAUGUGGUGGCUGGAAAACCCGAAAAACUCGAUGCUACCGUGGUGGACAAUGGUGACAAUUGGAGUGUGGGACAAAGGCAACUUCUGUGCUUGGGGAGAGUAAUGCUGAAGCGCAGUAGGCUGUUGUUUAUGGAUGAAGCAACUGCCUCAGUUGAUUCACAAACUGAUGGAGUAAUUCAGAAGAUUAUCCGAGAGGAUUUUGCAGCAUGCACAAUUAUCAGCAUUGCUCACAGAAUACCAACUGUCAUGGAUUGUGACAGAGUCUUAGUUAUAGAUGCAGGAAAGGCAAAAGAAUUUGAUAGGCCAUCUAGAUUACUUGAGAGAGCAUCACUUUUUGCAGCACUGGUUCAAGAGUAUGCCAACAGAUCAGCUGGAUUAUGAUGAAAAUAAGAGAUCAAAAUAAUAUUAUUGUGGUGAAUCGGGUCGCAGAAGAAACUUGUAAUACAAGCUAUGUUGUACAUGCUCUUAAUUUGCAUCCACAUAGAUAAGGAGACAACGAAGCCCAAGGGCUGUUCAAAUAUGCAAAUUCAAAAUGUAUCAAAUAAGCAUAGUACUAGAAGUUAGCAUUUUCAGAGUAUGCAGUAUUUGAUAUUAUAAUUGUAUUUAUGAUGAUAGACAUGUCUAUCUUUAAUGUCAAGUUUAUUCUCAUUAAUUAAUUUAGUUUUCUACA